UCGCGAUUAUGGAGUAUGACUCUGCGUCGAGUUGUGAAGGCCGUCUGAGAGAUUUUGAAGUAUCAGAUGAUCUGUCGCGUUUAGGAAUAUCACAAAAACCUGAACAUUCUGCUUGUAACACAAAUUCCACACCAUGGCACUCUCUACAAGUCGUGGCACCACAGCCAAAGUUAAAAGUGGGGUCAACAAACAAAAGUCUUUCUUCGCAAGUAAUGGAGUAUUACCACAAAUAUUCUCAAAAUGCAAAUUUAGAUCAGUACUUUUCAUUGCCUACAACCAGUGCAUCACCGGAAGCUAUUAAAUAUUAUUAUAGUAUAUACAAAGUGAAUCCCAAGUUAGAUCACAGACAAGAUUGUAUCGGAGAAGAAUAUAAUUUAAGAUCUUGCGUGCCCAGAGAAAGGAGAAGAUGGGUAAGACCACCUCUUAUUGGUCAGUCUUCGAAUACAGAAUCAUCAUCCAGGUAUGUUCAGCCAUUGUCCAACCCAGAGUCUCCAUCGCCUGAUUUAAAACACAUUACACCAGAAACAAUUUUAGAAGAGAAACACGGAAGUCCAGAGAUAUUAACAGAAGUUACAGAAAGAAAGAUAUCUUCUCCAACUUCUAGCAUUGCUUCUCACAAGCCGCUUGAAUGGGACAGCGGUGCAGAUGUUGGAUACUUCAAUAUAUUACCUGCUAGUAAACAAAGUGACAAAAAAUUAAGUACAAUUGAACGUAUGGCUUUAGCUAGAGGUUGUUCUGCUGCCUUGAGAUUGGAUCCUGAAGGUACUACAGAGUCAGGAAUUUCUGGAAAAGUAGCCGGAAGUCAGAAAAGUACCAAAGUUUCCAUGACUCCAGAUGCUAAUUCUACUCCCUUACUGGGCAAUGCUUCAGGAUCAGAAAGCGAAAUCGAAAUCACUCCAAUCGUGAAAAAUCAUUUGCCAGGUAUAAUAGCAGGAAAUUGUAUAAAAUCCAAUGAAAGAUCUCUUUCCAAGGAUCUCAAACAGCAUGAUGUGCAAUCCUCGAAAAGGGAGCACAUUCAUGACACGCCUAAAUCGACGUUUGCAUUUAAAGUACCUUGCACGAAGUAUGCAACCGAGGUGAGAAAAGUAACAAACAAGCAAACCACGUGUAAAGAGAAUAUAAAUCCACUCGCUUUGCCUUUGAAAAAAAGCACAUCAAUGAACACGUUAAAUGUACCAGCUACAAAAUCAAUCCUAAAAAGAAGUCAAAGCGAGUUAAACUUGUACGCUAGAGAUAAGAAUAGAGCUACGUUGCCGUUAAUUUUUAACUCUUCCUCUUCGAUCUCUACUAUUGUAAAUAAACCUUCCACUUGUGAUAAAGUUAUACAAACGAGUCUGAACACGUACACUCAAGAAUCCGUCGGUGUUCAAGUUUCAGUUCUUGAGGAAGAAAAGCCACUGUUGCCAAAGAGAGGAACUAGUUUACAAAAAAGUUUCGUAAAGAAUGCACCGAGUAAUACGUACAAGGUUUCAAAUUCGAGGAAGGAGGAAGCAACGAUUGAAAUGAGCGAGCAACGACGUCGCGACGAAGUCAAACCGCGAUCCGCACGUUCUGAAGUAUCAAGGAACGGAUCCGCGACGCAAACGCCUCAACUUGACGACACGGAAAAUGUAACGGGCAGGGCGAACAGUUUUGAGUAUUUUCCAGGUCACAUUUACGAGAAUGUGUCGAACGGAACCGCUAGCCAUGUAUCGUCGUCAGAGACCACAAGAUCACACUCCACUCUUCCUAACACCAGUUCCAGUAUUAACGAAAAACUGUGGGGAGACUCGGACAGCUUGGUGAAAGACCUGGAACGCAGCGUCAGCAUCUUGAAGAGUUUGGUCGACGCAAACAAGUGCGACAAGGAAGUAAAGAAAAGACUGAUACAUCACGUGGUAAAAAGACUAAUAACAGCCAAAUAUACGGACGAUAAGAUUGAGCACAAUUUAGAGGACAACGUUCCGUGGAACCCGGACGAUGCUAGGCAGAAAGUUUACGGAGCAGAAAUAUUUCAAGCUUUAACAAAGAAACACAACACCAGUGAUUCUUCAGUCGAUUGGAAUCCACAGAAAGGAAUGGCGAGGGACAAAUCUGCGAGAAACGGGAGGAGCAUCACGAAAGACGUUACUUUGGAUAGCAGUAGCGACAAAAUGGACAAAAAUACGGAUAGGACGGAGACCGAUGGACGAAAAGCGAGAAUGGGUCUCAGGCUGGAUGACUGUCGUCGAAGCAACAACACUACCACUGACCCCGACAAAAGCGAAAGCUCCGAUUGCUUUUUUCCCCAGAGAGCUCGCAAGGGUAACAAGGUACAGGACAUAUUCUGCGUGAAGGAGAGGUGCAAAUUAUCGCAAGGAGACUCGUCAACGACCAACACUACACCACCCGAUCACAAUAGAAUGCUCUUGGAUGCGGUAGUUAAUAAUAGGAAAGCAAGCGUUCGCUUGAGUAACAACACGGAGGAGCAAGUGGACUGGAGGUUGCUCACCACCUUUUCUGAAAGACAAUUCGAGCUGAAGAAGUGCAGCAAUUCUGACUCCGGGGAUUCGAAAUUAGUUAGUUACGCCGAAAUGGAGAAAAGAAAUCAACUACUUUGGAUUACAAACGAGAUCAGCCACUUAUGCAAUUUGAAGAAACUGUUGGAGGAGCCGCGGAGACUAGACAGACCACGAACAUCUCCAAAGAAAUCCAGAUGUGGGAACUUUCGGACGAAACCUGUAGGGUCUCUGCCUCACAUGCACGGACUGUCCAAAGUAAACGAUUAUUCUCAGAGGAACGGAUCAGAUGCUCGAGCUAAUUCCGUGGAAGACCCUUGGUCGUCUCAUUGUAAUCUGGCAGCAUGUCAGCCUACCAGCAGGUCUAACAGCAUCAUUCAGCGUGUCAAGAAACGCAAUAGUUGCGCGCAAACAGCGACCAACGUCACGGUUGCGCAUUCCAAGACUGGCGGCGAGAUCGUGUCCGCAUCCAGCAUACACAACUCUACGAUGAAACUGAUCAGUACCGGGGUGCAAACGGUUCCACAAGAAUCUUCUUCCACUGCCCCUACUUUGAUACAGUCGGAGAUCGUUCAUUACAUAAAGUGUCCUGCGCACGAUGCUAUGCAGUCCACUCAGUGCUUGAAGCAUCAAGCCAUUCAAAAUAUACUCACCACUUGUGUGCAUUGUUUGCAGGAACAGAAGGAUCAGUCGAACAAAGUUCAAAAAGUGUAUCCCAGCGUGAUGAACUUGCAGGAAGAAGGUCCUUGCGUUGCCUCUCAAACGUCCUCGGAUCAGGCGAACAGCAUCGGUUCUUUAGACAUGAUCGUGCAGCAGCAUUGCGCCGACAAAGAGGUUCAGACCAAUUCUUCCAAGCAAAAGGAUGCGAAAAAUCAAAUAAAUGCGUCGAGGUCGAAGUCCUGUGAUUGCAAACGCGAGAUUAAGCGGCAGUUGUCUAAGGAAUGUCGAUCAUGUUCUACACAAGUAACGAUGGAAGCUAGCAGCGUUCUCUCUAAGUGCUCGGAUUGUCAGAAAAAGGCAUCUUGCGUUCGUGAAAGGGAGGACAUAAACACGAAAGAGUGUAAUUGCACCGCUGCUUGUGAGUGCGAGAAUACUCUGUCCAAAAAGGGAUGGAGAAACGGUACAAAGUAUUAUCAGGAUAGCAACGACUAUGUUUCGAGUUCUAAUCAAAAUAAUUGUACAAAAUUAUGCGAAUGUUUGAACGACUGUUCUUGCGAAAACAGUUGUAAAGCGCACUACCAUUUAAAUGGUUGCCAUUUGAAUGGAAAGACUCAGAGUUCGAAUGGAACUUGCCAUUGUGGACACUGGUCAGAAGCGGAAAAUCGUUUGAUCCACACGCGACCUUAUUGCUCGACUAAUGGACCAACAGAGUCUUCUCAAUAUAAAGUACAAAAGAGUAGCUUGAAAUGCAACUGCGAGAAGGAUUGCCUUUGUAAUGGUAGAGGAAAGAAUAGCGAAGACACGUUGCGUAAUAGAAUCUGCACUAAUGGUAGAUUAAGCUACGUGGCCGAAGAAAGUAAUCAAAACAGUGAUUCUGAUAGGAACUAUAAACAGUGUCGUCAUUGUGGCGCGGCUUAUCAGAGCGUCCAAAAAUGUAAUUGUAAUCAAACGUAUCCAAAAGCGGUAGCGUACGAAUUAUCAUUCUCUAAAGAUAACGACCGGAAAAACGAUAAUCUGGCGGUGUUACAAAAAGUGCCAUUACCGAGUCGUACCAUAAACGGGACUAAAAUCGAUGGCUGUGUCUGUAAUAUGAUUAAAAAGAGUAGCUCGAGUAAAAAUGCGACUCAAAAGAAUACUUUGCAGGAUUACUUGUCCAAGAAUAAAGCUGAUUUUGUGAGCAAUGCAGAAACACGGAGACAAUAUAUGUCGGAGAUAUCUCAUCUACGACAACUGCGCAAGGAGAAACGUAUACAAUUAUUGGCUAUGGCUACUACGUCUAACGUUACGAAACCAUUAAAAGCUUGUACCAAACCGACAGUUUGUUCUCAGAGAAAGAUGAGCGACGAAGAAAUAAGGGAAAGACUACGGAAAAGAUAUCUUCGUUUAAAUGAAGUGCGACAAAAGAAACGGCAACAGGAGAAGCAAGAAGAGGCGCGACGUAACAAGCUCAUGGCUAAAAUCUUUUGUAAGAAGUUGCAGCAAAAAGUAUUGAGGGGCCAAGUAGAUCUUUCACAAAGCGUUAGCGUUAUAUCGAACAUAUAAUGUUAAGAAGGACAGUAGAGGAGCGUACAAAAUAUUUCACCUUUCGAUUUGGAAGGGCUAUUAAAUUGAAAGAUUUUGUUUAGAAUCACUUUCUUGAGUCUUACUUUUCUUUACAUUAUCGCAUAAUAUAUAUAUACAUAUCGUAUUCGUGUUUAUGUUUUAAUUUAAAAUGCGUUUGAAACACUAUAGCUGCGUUUGUUGAUGCUCGUGUAUGACGCGAAUCAAAACUUAAAUGAUCUAUGAAUAACAAUUUGUUAUAUGUAAGAAUUGAAGUAUUAUAACGUGUUGAUCUAUAAAUUCGUGCCUAAUAAUUUAUGGUAUUUAUACCGAACUUGAUGAAACCUUGUCUUGCCAAGAUAUUUUCAUAUAUUAAAGAUACGUUUGGACCACGGCGCACGUUGCAUUAGAUCUGGUAUAGUGUUACAAUAGUAAUAACUGAUUUUCGUGGAAAAACGAUUAGAGGUUUCACGACGUUCGAGGUUUCGCAUUUUACUGGUAAAAUGUUAUUAAAAGGAAAACCUUCGAGUGCUGUGGAAACGUUCGUAGAAAACCGAAAUGCUUUAAGACGAUGAAAGUAGUUAUUAGUACCUGAAUCACAGUACACAACCCUUUGUUACUCAUAAGACUUAGAUGAUAUAUAUAGUCCCCUAAAUUUUUCUAAUAUUUUACCUUUUUGUAUGACGAUUAUACUCAUUUGGUUAAUAAAAAUAUAACACAUAA